AUGAAGAUUUCUUUUGGUGACUAUGUCAUUUUGAUUUGGGUUAUGGCUACCACUUUUUUCUCUUUCGCUUGUGGUACAGGAUGCAGCGAAGAACAGAAGAGAGCUCUCAUGGAGAUCAACAACUCUACAAAUGGUGUAGGCUUUCUGGGCAGCUGGGAUGGAAGCCAUUGUUGUGAUCAAACGCCUGCAAUCGUAUGUGGCGGUAUUGCUGGGGGAGUUUGGCGUAUCGAAUUGUUGAACUUGAAUGUCGACAUGGAAUCAUUAAGCAAGUGGUAUCCAAAUGUAACAUUGUUCACCUUAUUUGAUGAACUGGAAGAACUGUCAAUUACUAACAUGCAAAUUGGAGGAGGGCUUCAACCUUUUUGCGAAUUGAAGCAACUAAAACAUCUGAAUGGGUUGUAUCUUGAGCAUAAUGGAUUGGAAGCCGUUAUUCCCUCUUGUCUUGGGACGAUUGCGAGCCUUCAAGAACUUUAUCUAUCGCGUAAUAACCUUUAUGGUAAUCUACCUCCAUCAAUAUUCUCUAACCAAAGCAUGAUUUCCCAUUUUGAUGUUUCGGGCAAUCAUUUAGAAGGGGUUUUAUCAUUUUCAAUUUUUGCCAAUGCUUCUAGUCUUAAACACAAUGAUCUUUCAAGAAACUACGAUUUUCAAGUUGAAACCGAAUCUCCCUCAUGGGUCCCAACCUUUCAACUAUUCGAUCUGAUCUUGGCGGACUGCAACCUCAACAAGAAGAAUGGUCACGUUGUCCCAAGCUUCAUCUCCACCCAAUAUUCCUUGGCACAUCUAGACUUGUCUAGAAACUCAAUAGAGGGAGGCAUGCCUUGUAACCUAUUGUUCAACACGAAUAUCACAUAUCUAUCCUUGAGAAGCAACAAAAUCGAUGCUUCUUUUCUUGAUUGCUUUGCUAUUCAAACUUCAUCACUUGAGUUUCUUGACAUAUCUAAUAAUCAUGUCAAAGGUCGUCUUCCCGAAUAUGCUGGACAUCUUCUUCCACACUUGAGUGACGUUAACAUGUCCUCAAAUUUAUUAGAAGGCAACAUUCCUUGGUCAUUUGGUAAUUUGUCUCUUGAAACAUUAGAUCUUUCUAACAACAUGUUUUCAGGAACAAUACCUCAAAGGUUGACUAGAGAUGGCACCGAACUGGAAUAUCUAAAUCUAUCGAAUAAUCAAUUGCAAGGAGAAAUGCUCCCAAGGAACUCCACGAUGAGAUCGCUUGAGUGUUUACUACUUGGCGGCAAUCAGUUUGAAGGAAUUAUCUCACCCAUGAUAUCAAACAGUCUGCUUUUGCAAAUCUUAGAUGUUAAAAAUAAUCACUUGUCUGGUAAUAUUCCAAAGUGGCUGUAUGAUCAUCCUACAUUGGCUAUAGUUCUUUUAGGUGGAAAUCGCUUUGAAGGCCACCUACUCCAACGAAUGUGUCAAAUGGCUAGUUUGCGAGUUUUCGAUAUCUGUUAUAAUCAUGUUUCAGGUCAAAUUCCCUCUUGUCUCGGUAACAUUACAUUCUGGGGGAAAACUCCUCCAAUUGGAGAAUAUGGAUUUGGAAAUAUGGUUGCAAUUGACGCAUCUUGGCGAAUAAAAAAUAUGGUAUAUGAUUUCAAAGGUGUACCACUCUCGUUGAUGAUUGGAAUUGACUUGUCAUCCAACCAAUUGACAGGUAGCAUUCCUUCUGAAAUGGGAGACUUGUCAUACCUUCGCUUCUUGAAUUUGUCGAAAAAUUUUCUAACAGGCCCCAUUCCAAAUUCUUUUCGAAACUUGAAAAAUGUGGAGAGCUUGGAUCUUUCUCAAAACAAGUUGAGUGGGAAAAUCCCUCAUGAAUUGGUUGGACUCACUUCUCUAUCCACAUUUAGUGUUGCAUAUAAUAAUCUUUCAGGAAGAAUCCCAUUUGAGCGGCAAUUCUCAACUUUCAAGAUGCAAUGCUAUGAUGGCAAUCUGGAUCUAUGUGGAGACCCUCUGCCAAGAAACUGCUCAACCACAAAUGAGCAUGAACCUGAACACAAGGGCCAAAAUAAGGACGAAAAAGAAUGGACUAGAAUAAUUGAUAGCCCUUUAUUCUUCUAUGCAUUUGUUGCUGUCUCUUAUGCAUUUGGAUUUUGGGUCUUCUUUGGGAUUCUAAUCAUUAACAAGAACUUGAGGCAUACAUAUUUUAGAGCUGUGGACAGAUUUAUUGAGUCUUGUUUUGAAAUGCUUUCCAAGUAUUGGUGA